AUGGCGCAGCAGUAUGCUUCGAUAUCCAGCGAGCAUGGCGACUCGCGCCCGUCUUCGAUAGCGUCGCACACUUCUCGCCGCGGCCGGCAUAGCAAGCAGAAUGGCAUCGCAGGCAACGCAUCUUGGAUAUCUUCAGUGGUCAACCUGGUCAACACAAUAGUUGGUGCGGGCGUGCUCGCCAUGCCACACGCCAUGUCAAAUAUGGGCGUGACACUUGGGACGAUUGUCAUCUUGUGGGCAGGAUUUACAAGUGGCUUUGGGCUAUAUCUACAGACGAGAUGCGCACGAUAUCUGGACCGUGGAGGCGCAUCCUUCUUUGCGCUCAGCCAAAUCACCUACCCAAACGCGGCCGUGUUUUUCGAUGGAGCUAUCAUGAUUAAAUGCUUCGGAGUUGGCGUCUCGUAUCUUAUCAUUAUUGGAGACUUGAUGCCCGGCGUUGUGCGUGGAUUUGUAUCGACCAUUGACCAGACCGAAUCUUUAUAUCUUGUGGAUCGGCGAUUCUGGAUAACGGCCUUUAUGCUUAUUGUGAUACCCCUUUCUUUUCUGCGCAGGCUGGACAGCCUAAAGUACACCUCUGUGGUCGCAUUGGUGUCUAUUGCAUACCUCGUGGUCCUUGUGGUCUAUCAUUACGUUGAUGGAGAUACCAUUGCCGAUCGGGGACCGGUUCACUGGGUACGCUGGCAAGGCGCUGUGCCUACACUCUCGAGCUUUCCCGUUAUCGUGUUCGCGUACACGUGCCAUCAGAAUAUGUUCUCCAUCUUGAACGAGAUAAAGGAGCCAUCACCAGCCCGCACGACUGCCGUGGUGUAUUCCUCGAUCGGGUCCGCGGCGUUCAUUUAUAUCCUGGUUGCCAUCACCGGCUACCUCUCAUUUGGCGACCACGUCGUAGGCAAUAUCAUUGCGCAGUACGUGCCGAGCGUAGCAUCAACCAUCGGUCGCGCAGCAAUASUAGUGCUGGUCAUGUUCAGCUAUCCACUACAAGUGCAUCCCUGCCGGGCGUCUCUCGACGCUGUGACCAAAUGGCGACCGACCAUAUCCAGGAAUUCAGAACUGACACCGGUCACCUCUUCACGCGGAUCACCUAGCCGUAGCUCCUUGCUCGGAGUGGGUAAAGUGCCUGUUCAACGGUCAAAGGCAGAGGAGAUGAGCGAGGUGCGCUUCGCAAUCUUGACGACGUUCAUCAUAAUACUGUCGUACAUCGUCGCCAUGACGGUCAGCAGUCUGGAUAAAGUCCUUGCAUAUGUUGGAUCGACUGGCAGCACUGCAAUCUCGUUCAUUCUUCCUGGCUUGUUCUACUACAAGAUCAGCGCUCCGGAUUCGCCGCACCAUCAGCGACUCCUCAAAGACGAGGAUGAUGAAGAGUAUGAUGGGGAUGAUUCUGGUGGGCGGGCAAGCGGGAAGCAGUGGAAGAAUGAUCUGCUGCGGAAGCUCAGCUUGGCGAUUGCGAUCUACGGCUUCGUAGUCAUGUUUGUUUGCUUGGUCACGAAUACCUUUUUGACGAGUAGCGGUCACUAG